CCAACAAACCCUGCGUUCGUUGGGCCUCUCCCUUAAUUCCUUGUCACCUUAAAACCUUUCUUCAGACAACGCGUGUUGGACCAACGUCAUCAUCGUCCACCACCACCCUCCUCAUCUCUCCUCUCUCUAAACAUUUUCCGACCUCUCCCAUUUCCCUCUAAAUCGAAGUUGUGAUUCGCGUAAUGCCACAAAAGAUUUGGGCCACCUGAGGCAUUAGGGGUUAAUUAAGAGAGGAUUGACCAUUUUGGGUUGGAGGGAUUUUGAUGCAGAAAGAAUAUGGGCAAUGAGCAAAAGGAGAAUAGCAAUAAGUAUAGUAUAAUCAUCCCCACCUACAAUGAGCGCCUCAACAUUGCUCUCCUUGUUUAUCUCAUCUUCAAGCAUCUCCCGAAUGUCAAUUUUGAGAUUAUUGUUGUGGAUGAUGGAAGUCCAGAUGGGACUCAGGAUAUUGUUAAACAACUGCAAUCUGUCUAUGGAGAGGAUCGCAUUCUGUUGAGGGCUAGACCUAAGAAGCUUGGUUUAGGUACGGCUUACAUCCAUGGCCUGAAGCAUGCCUCAGGGAAUUUUGUGGUCAUUAUGGAUGCUGAUUUAUCUCACCAUCCAAAAUAUCUUCCAAACUUCAUCAAGAAGCAGAUGGAGACGGGUGCAGAUAUAGUUACUGGAACACGAUAUGUCAAAGGAGGUGGCGUGCAUGGUUGGAAUCUGAUGCGCAAAUUGACAAGCAGGGGAGCAAAUGUCCUUGCACAGACACUCCUUUGGCCUGGUGUAUCAGACCUAACUGGAUCUUUCCGGCUUUAUAGGAAAUCCGUGCUUGAAGAUGUUAUAGGCUCAUGCGUGAGUAAAGGAUAUGUUUUUCAGAUGGAGAUGAUUGUUCGUGCUACACGAAAAGGUUACAACAUUGCUGAGGUUCCAAUUACUUUUGUCGAUAGAGUGUAUGGGAGCUCAAAGCUUGGAGGAUCUGAAAUAGUUGAAUAUUUGAAAGGUCUUAUAUACCUUCUCCUCACAACUUAACAAGGACGAGAACAACUGUGCUUAGUAACUUCAUGGUUCCUAGAAAUCAACCAUUUUUGGACAGUUUAAAGCCAAUGAUGAUUAGCAUAACCAACUCAAGGAAACUGAUGAGGAAGCAACACCAAAUUGGUCUUUUCGAUUUAGUUCCUGUUUUUUUUAUACCAACAGUUAACAUUUACUGUACUUUUUUUUGUAGGCCAAAACUAAAUGUGGCUUGAUUACUUUGAUUGUAGGCAUCUAAUUUUUCUGGGUUUUGCUUGAAUAAGUAAAGUGAGUAUCAACAUUGAGAACAACUGUGAUUCCAAUAUAUUUAUGUGAUCUUUUCUAGUUGUUUCC